GAGCGCGGCCAUGGCGGCGGCCCCGGCGGAGGCCGAGACCCGGCAGCGGCUGCUGCGCACCGUCAAGAAGGAGGUGAAACAGAUCAUGGAGGAGGCAGUGACGAGGAAGUUUGUGCAUGAGGACAGCAGCCACAUCAUCUCCUUCUGCGCGGCGGUGGAGGCUUGUGUCUUGUUCGGCUUGAAGCGACGGGCAGCAGGGUUCCUGCGCAGCAACAAGAUAGCAGCUCUCUUCAUGAAGGUGGGAAAGAGCUUUCCCCUGGCAGAGGAGCUCUGCAGGAAGGUGCAGGACCUGGAGCAGCUCAUCGAGAACGUACGAAAUCAGGUCCAGGGCAUCCCGGAGAAUGUGCGCAAGAUGCCGAAGCUGCCCAACCUGUCUCCUCAAGCCAUCAAGCACCUCUGGAUCCGCACGGCCCUCUUUGAAAAGGUCCUGGAUAAAAUCGUCCAUUACUUGGUAGAAAACAGCAGUAAGUACUAUGAGAAAGAAGCUCUCCUGAUGGAUCCUGUGGAUGGGCCAAUUCUUGCAUCUUUACUGGUGGGGCCCUGCGCGCUGGAGUACACCAAGAUGAAGACCGCCGACCACUUCUGGACAGACCCCUCUGCGGAUGAGCUGGUGCAGAGGCACCGCAUCCACAGCUCCCACUGCCGCCAGGACUCGCCCACCAAGCGCCCGGCGCUCUGUAUCCAGAAGAGGCACUCGAGCGGCAGCAUGGAUGAUCGGCCCUCACUGUCUGCCAGGGACUAUGUGGAGUCGCUGCACCAGAAUUCCCGAGCCACCCUCCUCUAUGGCAAGAACAACGUCCUGGUGCAGCCACGAGAUGACAUGGAGGCCAUACCGGGGUACCUGUCCCUUCACCAGACUGCAGACAUCAUGGCACUGAAGUGGACUCCCAACCAGCUGAUGAAUGGCUCCGUGGGGGAUCUGGACUACGAGAAGAGUGUGUACUGGGACUAUGCCAUGACUAUUCGCCUGGAGGAGAUCGUGUACUUGCACUGUCACCAGCAAGUAGACAGCGGUGGGACGGUUGUCUUGGUGAGCCAGGAUGGGAUUCAGAGGCCUCCGCUGCGCUUUCCCAGAGGAGGGCACUUGCUGCAGUUCCUGUCCUGCCUGGAGAACGGGCUCCUGCCCCAUGGGCAGCUGGAUCCACCCCUCUGGUCACAGCGGGGAAAGGGAAAGGUGUUUCCCAAGCUGAGGAAGCGAAGCCCACAGGGCUCCUCUGAGUCUGCCUCCGACAAGGAAGAUGACGAAGCCACGGAUUAUGUUUUCAGGAUCAUCUACCCAGGGACACAGGCUGAAUUCGUUCCCAUUAAUGGCCAUUUUCAGCCAUUCCUCGCCUCUGUGAUCUCCAUCAGUGCAAUGAGAGGGAGGAGCACAAGGACUGCAGCUGCGAGCAGGAUAGUGGUGACCCCUAAGUGGUUUCUGAGGCUCCCCAUCACGUCCCAACCUCACUUUGCCCCUCUGGGGACCACUCGGCAUCAGUUGCCCCAGGACCUGAUGGAUGCUCCAGGCUCUGCUCUGCCUCCCAUGUGGCAGCCCAGCACCCGCAAGUCCUCCUGCUCCUCCUGCUCGCAGAGCGGCUCCUCCGAUGGGGGACCAGCCAACGGCUGCAGCCACGAAAGAGCUCCGCUGAAGCUCCUGUGUGACAACAUGAAGUACCAGAUCCUCUCCCGGGCCUUCUACGGCUGGCUGGCCUAUUGCAGGCACCUCUCCACGGUGCGCACCCACCUCUCGGCGCUGGUGAACCACAACAUCGUGUCCCCUGAUGUGCCCUGCAGUGCCAGCUCGGGGCUGACCGUGGACAUCUGGCAGAGAUACCUGCAGGACAGCACGAGUUAUGAGGACCAGGAGCUGCUGCGGCUGAUCUACUAUGGUGGGAUCCAGCACGAGAUCAGGAAGGCUGUCUGGCCCUUCCUGCUGGGCCAUUACCAGUUCGGGAUGACGGAGGCAGAAAGGAAGGAGGCAGACGAGCAGACGCGCACGUGCUACGAGCACACCAUGGCGCAGUGGCUGGGCUGCGAGGCCAUCGUCCGCCAGCGGGAGAAGGAGUCGCACGCGGCUGCUCUGGCCAAGUGCUCCUCGGGGGCCAGCUUGGAUUCCCACCUCCAGAGGAUGAUGCACAGGGACUCCACCAUCAGCAACGAGUCCUCGCAGAGCUGCAGCUCCGGCCGACAGAAUCACGCCCGGCUGCAGAGCGACUCCAGCUCCAGCACCCAGGUGUUUGAGUCUGUUGAUGAGGUGGAGCAGCCCGAAGCAGACCCUCAGCUGGAAGAUGGCAAACCAAGCAAGAUCCCCAAUGGGACGGUGCCCAACGGUGCCUGUUCCCCAGACUCCGGCCACCCCUCAUCCCAGAACUUCUCCAUCGCAUCGGGGUUCUCCGAGCGCAGCUUCAGCAACGAGGACAGUGCCCUGGAGACCACCAAGUCCUCGGCCAGCUCUCAGGGAAAGGCGGGGGGUUUGGAUGCGCCAGCCCCGCAGGACCCCGAUGGUGCCCGGCAGGGCCAGGACAGCCUGGAAGGGGAGUUUCCCAGUGGUGGAAGCGUGGACUUUGUUCCAGUGAGCUCCCCGGGGGUCCUGCGUGAUGGAGACCGCGUGGCCCUGCCCGUGGUAGAGAGCUGGGCAGACAGCGAAGCCGAGAAGCAGAGCUUGGUGGAGAGUGAGGACAACCUGUCCGAGGAGCCGGAGAUGGAGAGCCUGUACCCGCAGCUGGACUCUCUGCCUGUGGCUGAUCUGGCCAGCAGUGAAACGGCUGCCGUCUCCUCGACGGGUGUCACCUACUCGGCAGAGCUCCUGGACAUGUACACGGUGAACCUGCACCGCAUCGAGAAGGACGUGCAGCGCUGUGACCGCAACUACUGGUACUUCACCCCCGCCAACCUGGAGAAGCUGCGUAACAUCAUGUGCAGCUACAUCUGGCAGCACAUUGAGAUUGGCUACGUGCAGGGGAUGUGUGACCUGCUGGCCCCUCUCCUGGUCAUCCUGGAUGAUGAGGCUCUGGCCUUCAGCUGUUUCACUGAGCUGAUGAAGAGGAUGAAUCAGAACUUCCCCCAUGGAGGAGCCAUGGACACCCACUUUGCCAACAUGAGAUCCCUGAUCCAGAUCCUGGACUCGGAGCUCUUUGAGCUGAUGCACCAGAACGGUGACUACACUCACUUCUACUUCUGCUACCGGUGGUUUCUCCUGGACUUCAAGAGAGAGCUGGUGUAUGAUGAUGUCUUUGCCGUCUGGGAGACCAUCUGGGCAGCUGCACACGUCUCCUCUGCUCACUACGUGCUCUUCAUAGCCCUGGCGUUGGUGGAAAUGUACCGGGACAUCAUCCUGGAGAACAACAUGGAUUUUACAGACAUCAUCAAGUUUUUCAAUGAGAUGGCCGAGCGGCACAACACCAAGCAGAUCCUGAAGCUGGCUCGGGACCUCGUCUAUAAAGUCCAGACUCUGAUCGAGAACAAGUGAAGGACAGGGGGAAGACGAGACAUCCAGACAAGGAGCCGGGACGCCCCUCCAAUGCUUCCUUCCCUUCUCCUCCUCCUCCAAGUGCCAUGCCUGUGGAUACAAGGUAGUUGGACACAUGCUGCUGUCUAAGCUGCAAGUACCCUUAGCUCUCCACGUGCUGUGUUCAGUGUUAGGUCCAGUGGUCCUGGCUCACGUCUUCGCAGCCGCCUUCAGUGACUUAACCAAAGAGCUGUGCAACGGCAUCUCAGUGCUGAGGACUUGCUUUGGGAGCACACAAAAACUGCCGAGGCAGCCCCAGCACCCAGGCAGAGCAUCCCUGGGGCUGCCUUGGGCUCAGCAGCCUUUGCUGCAAUGGGAUGGAGCUGCUCCUUGGGCAGGCGCUGCCCCGUGGCACCAGGAACCAGCCCCACAAGCCCGGUGCUGCCAGUGCUCCGUUUGUGACCAACAUCACGAGGUUCUGCAGGUAACAGAGGGACUUGGAUCACAGAAGUUCCCCUUUGAUCUAGUCCCUCAGUGCAUCCCCUAUAGGGUUAUUUUUAGGGCUCUGAUCUCCCCCUGGGGGUUUGACAUUGUUUGUUACUGCAGCAUCAUGGGAGUUUCAGCUCCGGAUGGGCUUUCAGAAGAGCUCCAAAUUCAGCAUUGGGCUUUUCUGUCAAACCCAGCCUCUCUGAUGCUCUCUGAACACUGGAAGAUCUGGUCCCAACCUCCUCUGGGAGUUCUGGACCCGAGGUUUUCUCACCUGCCUUACUCAAGCUGCUCGUGGUAGGGGCUGGUUCCUCUGUUAGGGGAGAGCUCCUCGGUGGGCAGGUCAGAGCUCCUGGGGGGGUCUGUCCUCACCUUCCCUCUGAAGGUGCCUAUCUCCUCUGCUCAUUUAAGGACCAGCUGCUCCAAGCAGGACAGUGCAGCCAAUCCCCUUGGUGCCUGUGGGCUUUCUGUGUGCUUCUGGGGUUGGCUUCAAAGCCCCUUACAUCCACUGUAAGUCUCCAGUGAGGUCUUGGUGGGCUUCUUUCAAUGCCUGUGAAGAGGAAGAUAGCCUGAGGUCCCUGAGUGGGCUCUGCUGUUGGAAGAUGCCCUUCUGCGGCCCCUGCAUGAGGUGCCUCUCCAGCCCUGCCAGUGUGAGAGCAGGGGUGCCCAUCGUGCUAGGGCUGCACUAAGGAGGGUUUGGAUUCAUUCUUCAACUCAGGUACAAACACUAAAGGCAAAGGAGAGGGGUGGGUGCUUGGUAGCU